UCUGAAGGGUAAACGUGGAAGGAGCCACAGAGAGGGGUCCAGGCGUUUCUGAGAAGAGAGGCAGACCUCUUCCAGGAAGAGAGUGGUGUCUGCUGGCUCCCCGGCUUGGAGAAUCUUCUGUGAAUGAAAGGGGACAAAAUGCAAGGCAGUUUGUUGCUACAGUGAUUUAGAAGAAAGAGAGAGAGAGAGGGAGAAAAGGAGAGAGGGGAGAGAGAAAAGGGUCUCCCCUUAGGUGCAAGCCUGGGUUGUUGCAUCCUGCAGUUGCUGUUUCUGCUUCUGCAGCUGCCGGUUCUGCCAUCAGCUCUGUUUGACUCUAUUUGGGAAUACAGUCCAUUUGGAACUCAAUAGAUUGUUGGAGUUUUAAAGGAUGCCAGCCUUGUCAAAGGUCCCUUUAGAUGGAAUGUAAUACAGCAGAAGCCUUUUCAUCAAAAGGAUUAAUGCCUGCAUUAUCAUUUCUGCAAUAAAACAGAAAGUUAAGUGGUGGAGGCCACAGACACCUCAAACCUGGAUUCCACAAUUCUACAUUAAGUGCUGGAGUUUUUAUUACUCUGCUGUUGGAAAGCCUUUGCCAAUGCUUACAAGGAACUGUUUAUCCCUGCUUCUCUGGGUCCUGUUUGAUGGAGGUCUCCUAAUACCCCUUCAACCACAGCCACAACAGACUUUAGCCACAGAACCAACAGAAAAUGUUAUCCACCUGCCAGGGCGCCGAUCACAUUUCCAACGAGUUAAACGUGGCUGGGUAUGGAAUCAAUUUUUUGUGCUGGAGGAAUACAUGGGCUCCGAGCCUCAGUAUGUUGGAAAGCUGCAUUCUGACUUAGAUAAAGGAGAGGGCACUGUUAAAUACACCCUCUCAGGAGAUGGCGCUGGCACCGUUUUCACCAUUGAUGAAACAACAGGGGACAUUCAUGCAAUAAGGAGCCUGGAUAGAGAAGAAAAACCUUUCUACACACUCCGUGCUCAGGCUGUGGACAUAGAAACCAGGAAGCCCCUGGAGCCUGAAUCGGAAUUCAUCAUCAAAGUACAGGAUAUUAAUGAUAAUGAGCCAAAGUUUUUGGAUGGACCCUACGUUGCUAGUGUCCCAGAAAUGUCUCCUGUGGGUGCAUAUGUGCUCCAGGUCAAGGCCACAGACGCGGAUGACCCGACCUAUGGAAACAGUGCCAGAGUCGUUUAUAGCAUUCUUCAGGGACAACCUUAUUUCUCUAUUGAUCCCAAGACAGGUGUUAUUAGAACAGCUUUGCCAAACAUGGACAGGGAAGUCAAAGAACAAUACCAAGUUCUCAUCCAAGCCAAGGAUAUGGGCGGACAACUAGGAGGGUUAGCUGGAACGACAAUUGUCAACAUCACCCUCACCGAUGUCAAUGACAAUCCACCUCGAUUCCCCAAAAGUAUCUUCCAUCUGAAAGUUCCUGAGUCUUCUCCUAUUGGCUCAGCCAUUGGAAGAAUAAGAGCUGUGGAUCCUGAUUUUGGACAAAACGCAGAAAUUGAAUACAAUAUUGUUCCAGGAGAUGGAGGAAAUUUGUUUGACAUCAUCACAGAUGAGGAUACACAAGAAGGAGUCAUCAAAUUGAAAAAGCCAUUAGAUUUCGAAACAAAGAAGGCAUAUACUUUUAAAGUAGAAGCCUCCAACGUGCACCUUGACCACAGAUUUCACUCCGCCGGCCCUUUUAAAGACACGGCCACAGUGAAGAUCAGCGUGAUGGAUGUGGAGGAACCCCCGGUUUUUAGCAAGCCACUCUACACCAUGGAGGUUUAUGAAGACACCCCAGUUGGGACUAUCAUCGGCGCUGUCACUGCACAGGACCUCGACGUAGGCAGUAGUUCUGUUAGGUACUUCAUAGAUUGGAAGAGUGAUGGGGACAGCUACUUUACAAUAGACGGAACCGAAGGAACCAUCGCCACUAAAGAACUACUAGACAGAGAAAGCACCGCGCAGUAUAAUUUCUCCAUAAUUGCGAGUAAAGUUAGUAACCCAUUAUUAAGCAGCAAAGUCAACAUAUUGAUUAAUGUCUUAGAUGUCAAUGAAUUUCCUCCAGAAAUAUCUGUGCCAUAUGAGACAGCUGUGUGUGAAAAUGCCAAACCAGGACAGAUAAUUCAGAUAGUCAGCGCUGCAGACCGAGAUCUUUCACCUGCUGGGCAGCAAUUCUCCUUUAGAUUAUCACCCGAAGCUGCCAUCAAACCAAAUUUUACAGUCCGUGACUUCAGAAACAACACAGCUGGAAUUGAAACCCGAAGAAAUGGAUACAGGCGUAGGCAGCAAGAGAUGUAUUUCCUUCCUGUUGUAAUAGAAGACAGCAGCUAUCCUGUGCAGAGCAGCACCAACACAAUGACUAUUCGAGUUUGUAGAUGUGACUCUGAUGGUACCAUCCUGUCUUGUAAUGUGGAAGCAAUUUUUCUACCCGUGGGACUCAGCACUGGGGCUUUGAUUGCAAUCCUACUGUGCAUUGUUAUACUCUUAGCCAUAGUUGUGCUGUACGUAGCUCUGCGAAGGCAGAAGAAGAAAGACACUCUAAUGACCUCUAAAGAAGACAUCCGAGACAACGUUAUCCAUUACGAUGAUGAAGGAGGUGGGGAGGAGGACACCCAGGCUUUCGACAUUGGUGCUCUGAGAAAUCCGAAAGUGAUUGAAGAUAACAAAAUUCGCAGGGAUAUAAAACCAGACUCUCUCUGUUUACCUCGUCAGAGACCACCAGUGGAAGAUAACACAGACAUACGGGAUUUCAUUAAUCAAAGGCUACAGGAGAAUGAUGUGGACCCAACUGCCCCACCAUACGAUUCAUUGGCAACAUAUGCGUAUGAAGGAAAUGGAUCAGUAGCAGACUCCCUUAGCUCUAUAGACUCUCUCACCACAGAAGCGGACCAGGACUACGACUAUCUGACAGACUGGGGACCCCGCUUUAAAGUCCUGGCAGAUAUAUUUGGUGAAGAAGAGAGUUAUAACCCUGAUAAAGUCACUUAGGGUGGAAGCGAAGGAUAAAACACAACCAAAAUGAGACAUUUAAGAAAAAGAAACACAAAUAGAAAUCACAGACACACACACACACACACACACACACACGCACACACACACCAGGCUUUAUAGGACACAAUCCUUUGAUUAUCUGGUUUCUAGCAAGUUGCUGUAUUUAUCAUAUUGUCAGUUUUGUUUUAUUCUGCCGACACAAGAUAAAUCCUAUUAUGUGUACUUGCUUGAUUUUGUUUUGUUAUUUUGGAAACACACUGAGACAAGCUCAGGCCUAUUAAAUACAAUUUACUGACAUGACAACAUAGAACGAAGAUAGCUAUGUGGCAUCACGGUGGAAGAGUGUUAGGUUUUUCUUAAUUCCACUAAAGUGCCUCUUGAAACUCUUAUCAUUUAAAAUGGUGUAUCAUACACUCUGCUGUGAUGACAUUGCAGGAUUCAGAGAUACAGAGGACAGAAAACAAAGACGCUGUCUUUGUCAAGGAACAAUAGCAACAUGCUGACUUCUAAUUCCUUCUGAGGAAAAGAGAACACUUUCUGAACUCCAUCUUCUUAUAAUUCAAAGGUUUUUUUUUUUUCUUUUUUAAACUGUAUGCCAAAACAUAUUUGUUUUUCCUACCCUUUCAGAAAAUUGAAAUAAACGCGAUAAU